CCUCACACUCCUCUGACGUACGAAGUGAACACAUAAUAAUACCCUAGACGCACCCUUGCCCCCAUUGCAGGUGGGAACUCUGCAUAGAUCCACGACCGCAUUGCAGCAGAAGGUUACUGUAGUCUACCUUCCUUUAGAGCAGAUCUUCUGUUGUUGUCUUUUUGUCGGUGUGCAGCGGUCUUUUGUGUCCCUUUUGAAGCUUGUGGAGCCCUUUGUUUUUGCCCAUUCAGAAUCGGGUCCCACACCGUCUGUUGAACCGCAGGAAGGGGUUGUGGGAAUAAGCAGACGCAGCUCUCGACUGUUCAACGACCAUCUACACUCAUAGCAGCGUCCCGCAACAAUGGCACAGGAUUCUGCAAGUAGUGGGGGGUCAUGGACGGCUUCUUCAGCGCCAAAGGCCCCGCAGUCCCACACCAACCUCGACCUGGAUCGGUAUCUUGCAGACACUCAAAAGCACAUGGCGGAGUGGGUGGCAACCGCUUGCUUCUCCAACGAGGACUACACCGCUCACGACAGCAGCGUCGAGUCGUCUGGGUCUAACUUGCCGCCGAUCCAGGAAGAAGCUGAAUCCCCAGCGAGGCAGGGUCAUUCGCAGAGUUCCUCACCGUUUUCGCCCCCUAAACCCGGACAGAAGCUAUCCCUCGAUCUACCAAGAACGAUUCCGAUGUCGGAGAGUGCCGAUGUUUCCGAUUCAUUUCCGAAUUCCGCUCUCAGCGACUCCUCCGAACGUCCUCAUAUCAAACGAGGGAAGUCUGGCCCACGGAUACCGGCAGUGAAUCCAUUUGCCAUCAGAAGUGCACGGAACUCCCUCGAUCUUCCCCACGGGGUCAAUGGGCCGAUCAACAGUUCAAUGGAUUCGGGUUCACAAUUGUCAAAGAUCGAUACACGGCUUCGUACGUUUCCGGGCUGGGAAGAGUCGAGCGAGCACAAGCGAGAGAACUCUGAUGAGACGCUGGUCGCCGAUUCGGACAUCUGCAGUGCUUACGAGUUUCUCAGCACCGCCAGUCCCAUCGCGCAUUUGCCAACGCCUGACCCGGACGAUUUCACUGAGAUUCCUCGACUAGGAUUCCCCGAGCCACCGACGAACUCCUUAGCAAAGCGGGGAGACUAUCUGCGGGAGCAGGAGGCCGCGCGAAGGAGAGCCAAGUCCAUGAAGAGACUCUCUUCUCUUUACCGCUUUUCAAGCAGCUCUGGACGGCCUAGAUCCAAUAGCGCCUCGGGCACCUCUUCUUUCGACAUCUUGACGCAGCCCUUCGUUCUGCCACCGAUCGUCACACAACCUGCGAUUCAGAAGAACCCGUACACGCCUGCAUACUCGAUCGAAGAAUGGUUAAGUUAUCAGAACAACGCCAGGGUGGUAUCUCCCACCCAAGAAUCCAUCCCUCGUUUUCAGGCAGAGGCCGAGUCCAACGGGGCGAACACCAAUUUGCCUCCUACCUCGAGCGUGGCAGAGUGGAACAAAGGGCCGCUGUUCAAUGCAAAGGAUGCAACCAUCACUACUUCCGCAGUCACUACCUCCAACACCCGGCCGCAACCUCAGUCUCCCCGAUCAGUCGCUCCGACAAAAGCACAAAAAGAAACAAACGCGAAAGCGAACCUGACGGAGGUGCUACUCGACUACACCAUGACGGUUAACCGCCUCCGUGAGCCCAUGUUGGAGCAUCAGCGUGCCGUACUUCGUCCAUCGAAGUCAGCUCUCCUGCCGAGGCCAGCGACACCUGUCUCGCGGGCUGCAACCGCAGUGAACGGAACGUCGAGCCCCGGGAGCGUAAAGUCGAUACCUUCAGUGAAAGCGACGAGUAUUACCGAAGAACAUCCAAUGCCUUAUGCGAAAGAUGCCGGGCUUGUAAAGGAACACGCAGCUUUGAUGGAAAGGUUUAGACCAAGAAAAAAAUCCAUCCGCAAAGCUGCUCCACUGUCACCGGUCGCCGCGAAGAGUGUGGCGUCGGCGCCGGCCAGCGAUGAGAAGCUUGUGCAAGAACAUACUAAUCUGAUGGAGACUCCCAAAAGUCCGAGCAUGGAGGCUCAUCGGGAGCCUGCCGCGUCACCGCCGGAAACAGCGAAGAACUUGGCACCACCCAUUGGUGGAAAGGACGCCGAGCUGUUAAAGGAACAUGCUGUACUGAUGGAAAGUGUGAAACGCCCGAGCAUGGAGACUACUAAGCAACCCGCUACACCUUCUCGAGCACCCGUGGAGAGCCUGGUACCGACCAGCGAUGGGAAGGAUGCCACGCUUGUGGAAGAACACACCGCUUUGAUGGAAAAACUCAGACGGCCGAGUUUGGAAACUACCCAGAAAGCCGCCCCGUUUUCGCCUGUGUCUACAAAAGGCGCAGCGCCCGACGGUGAUGGGAAAGUUGCAAAGCUUGUGGAAGAGCAUACCGCUCUCAUAGAGAAAGUUCGACGACCAAGUUCGGAGACUACCCCGGGAACUGCCCCAUCGCUAAAAGUUCCCACUACGGCCAGCGAUGCGAAAGAUGAGAAACUCGUGAAGGAGCAUGGUGCAUUGAUGGAAAAGCUCAAGCGGCCAAGCUUGGAAACGACUCCGCCGAAUGCAGCCCCGCUAGAAGCACCCAAGAGUGCGGCUGCGGCCAGCAAUGCGAAAGAUCGGAAACUUCCCACUACGGCCAGCGAUGCGAAAGAUGAGAAACUCGUGAAGGAGCAUGGUGCAUUGAUGGAAAAGCUCAAGCGGCCAACCUUGGAAACGACUCCGCCGAAUGCAGCCCCGCUAGAAGCACCCAAGAGUGCGGCUGCGGCCAGCAAUGCGAAAGAUCAGAAACUUGUGAUUGAGCAUGCAGCACUGGUAGAGAAAUUGAACCAACCAGAAGCGCAGAGGACAACUGACGAAGCCCAAAUGUCACCAAUGCCCUUGGGCUCAAAGGAUGAGACGUCGACUCGCGGCCCUGGAGACAAGAAGCUUGUCGAACAACAUGUUGCUCUCAUGAAAAAGCUAUCUGAACCUUCACUCGGGAAGGAGCAACUGGAUCGGAAUCUCAAUGAGGCCGAGGGCAGCGUCAUGCCCCAAACGGAUACGAGGCCGGCGCAUUCCAUGCGUGAUGAGCUGCUUGUUGAGGAGCUUGGUGCCAAACUUGAACGUCUGAGGCAGCCUGUGACAGCCGAGGUUGAGGAAAAGUCGUCGGAAAGGAAGAUUCCGGGGAAGCCGAACCAGUCCAUGGCCGAGCAACGGCAGAACAACUUCCGAGUGAGUGUACCUUCCAUCGUGGCCUCCAACGGCCGGACCUCCCCAAAGUCCCCGCGUGACGGUCUCCUGGUCAAGGAGCAUGCAGCACUUCUCGCCGGAGUGACAGCACCGAUCACAAACGGCAAGGCGAUUCGUGAAGCACCGCCGAUCAAGCCCGCGAAUCCGCAGGUAUCGAAAGCGCAGAAAUCCACGCUUGAUGGGCACCCCGCCAAGGACCAUAGCACUACAGACGGGCGAUUGGGGCGUGCAGGCAUCAAAGAUGAUGCGGAAUCUCCGAAGACUGCCACCAGCAGCAGCCAGCGAAAGUCCUCGAAAUCCCCGGAGCCGCCGCGCGACAAUAACUUUUUGGAGGACUUUGAAAAACGCGUCGAUCGUCUCGCCCGGCCCGACAUGGAGGAUCAGCGGGCAUGCGUACCGGCUUCGAAGCGAGACAGGGAAGCACGUGGUACGGCGUCCACUACUUCGGCGUCACGGCAAGUGCCUGCCAAGGUUGACCCGAAAGUGACGGAGAUUGAAGAUUAUGCAAAGGCGGUCACGCGGCUGGCGCGACCCAACAUGGCGGAACAGCGGGCGGAACUGCGGACGACAAAAAGUACCAACACGGAUAACGCUCACGAGACAGCGGAUCAGUCCAUGAAGCGGAAACCCUCUAUGAGCAGGCUCGUUUGGGACAAGUUGCGGGGCAAGGACUCGAACAAGAAGAAGGAGACUGCGGACGACAUCCCGCCCGUCCCACCAAUCCCUCGGAGUGCAUCUCCCACACCUCCGAAUUCGAAAAUCUGGAGCAUGAAAAAGCCUUCCAGCAUAAAGUCUUCGGUCAGCGCAGAUGCCCGCGGCGAGCCAAAUGGGACCGAAGAAAGCCCUAAGGCGGUUUCGGAGCCACCAUCCCCUCCUCGAGCGCGGAGUAAAAGCAUCUUCAGUCGUCGGAAAGCCAGGGGAGAUGAUAUGAGUAUCAAGAGCAAAGAGGACGGGGAAAGCGGGGGGAAGCCUAGCGGCCGUCCCACGCGGUCACCCUUAUUGGCGGCGAGUAGCCCAACCACAAACAAAAGCGACAUGGGAGAUCUAACAGCGGCAUUAGGCGCUGCCAUCAGCGAUGCUGUGGGUGUCACGUACUCCGAGAUGGUCAGCCCCGAUCCGGUACUCAGAAAGCCUAAAAAGUGUCUGACCUCAAUCGAAUCUGUCGACGAGACUCCUGUCCACCUCGAUCCGGAGAUCAGAAAGCGGGUGACCAUCAUCGAGAGCAACGAUGCUGGGGAUCUGGAAGGGUUUGAGGGGAUCGUCGCUACCUGGGCAUCUCAGCCAGACGACGCACAUGCGUCAAUCAGUCCGAAACCAAGUCUUGAGAGUACUGGAGACAAAGGGGACGCAGCUUUCACAAACGUGAAGACUACACUUGCCAUUGAUGACCCGACGUCGCACACAAUGUCUUAUCCAACCCCGGGCACCACACCACCGGCUACACCAAGUAGGCCAUUUGAAUCCGACGACGUUGCGGAACCCUUACCACCCCGCUCUCUCUCUCUGCCCACAACCACCAUCGAGAAUAUCCCUACACCCAUCACCAAGAAGGUGACUCUCCGCCGGAAUGUUUCCAGUGCGAAGAAGCUGGCAACCCUUCGAGUCGCACUCGCCCGUCGUCGGUCACUCGCGUGGACUGCCAUCCGCCCCUUCCCACCGCCUCGGAAGGAGUCGUUGCACCCUAAUGUCCGGCGCUCCCUCAAACGCGUGCGCUCGCCGCUUUUGGCUUCAAGGAACGGCAGCGUCACCUCGCUCAGGUACGGCAAGCUGGACGCAAAGUGGUCUUCGUCGUCGUUGCCGAUGUAGAAUCCCUCCGUUCAACAGACUCGUUGCCUCGAAUGGACGCUCAAAACGACUGGCGCGCACGCCCUAUUACCUCGCUGCUACUCAAAACCUCUCAUCGGCAUAUCUCAAUACCAUCUCAUCGUCACCCUAAUCGCUUGGGACCAGCAGGAGGAUCUUCUUCGACCUUCUCGAUCUUUGAUUCAUAAUUUGAUCCAUAUUUUUGUGUAC